AUGGAAUCCAUUGGCAUAAAGGUAAAAUGGAGCUGGAGCUCAGCCGCAAUCGGAGCAGCAACAGCCGCAGCAGCAACUUCUCUCCUCAGCGCCAAGCCAAAAGAUCCAACUUUCCACCUCAUCUCCAUAGACCUAACCUCACUGAAACUAAACCUCCCUGUCCUCGACGCAGAGUUAAUGCUGACCGUACACGUCACCAACCCCAACAUCGCAGCCAUCCAUUACUCCUCCACAACCAUGUCGAUCCUCUACGAAGGCACGGUCCUUGGAACGGCGGAUGUCGCAGCCGGUUCGCAGCCUGCGAGAUCCUGCCAGCUUCUGAAGUUCCCGGCGCGUCUGGACGGGAUGGAGCUUGCGCAACACGCGCGGCGGUUCUUCGCUGACGUGGCGAAGAGGGAGAUGAAACUUGAGGCUAAGCUUGAUAUCGAAGGAGCGGCUAAGGUUUUGUGGUGGGACCAUAGUUUCAAGGUGCAUGUUGAUAGCUUCGUGACCGUUGAUCCCGUGUUUCUUGAUAUUAUGGGUCAAGAGAAUAAAUCUCAGAUGGAUUUGUUUCUUGCUUGA